CCCCCCUUCUCCUUAAAAUAGAAUCCAAUUUCUAUUUUUCUUUUAUUUUCCUUCUUCUCCUUCUUUUAAAUCCAAUUCACCUCUUUCGAACCUUUCAAAAACCUUGUUAAUUUUAUCGAAUUCGUUAUAUUUUCCAAAUUAGGAAAUAUCUAAUUUUAAGACAGCUUUGUACGUUUCCGAUACCUUGGUAACAGCUGAAUUUAAAAGCACCAAUAAGCUUGAAUUUUUAAUGCAAAGCCAUUUUGGUUGUAUCGAUCGGUUUUAAUUGUAUUUUUUUUUUUCAUGGCUUAUUCUUAUACGUCCAAUAGUGCCACAAACACCAAUUCAAUAGUAGCUACCCCUACCCUUACUUCUCCUUCUACAACAACAAAUAACACGACUCCUACCCUUCCUCCUCCUACUACUACAACAACAACAACAAAUAAUAAUACUUUUUUUGAAGGACCACCGACGCGUACAUUAUGGAUGGGUGAAUUAGAUCCUUGGAUGGACGACAAUUAUUUACGGCAGUUAUGGUGGAGUAUGGGUCAAGAAGUGACUUGUCGUAUCAGUAUUGAUAAAUAUGGUGGGACUUAUGCCUUUAUUGACUUUACAACUCACGAAGCAGCAAGCAAGUCUUUGAUUUCGUUUAAUGGUACACAGAUUCCAAACACGAAUAAAAUCUUUAAAUUAAACUGGUCGAAUAGAGAUGGCAACGGUAUGCCUCUACCUCAAAGACCUACGCUGAUGGCAAACUUUUUGGGAGAUUACUGUAUAUUCGUGGGUGACUUGGGCGCUGAUGUGGACGAUAAUAUUCUCUUGGCAGCUUUUCAAAGUAGAUACAAAUCUGCCGCCUCAGCCAAGGUGAUGGUCGACCCUGCAACAGGUUUCUCUCGUGGAUUUGGGUUUGUCAAGUUUUUUGAUGAGGGUGAACAACAACGGAGUCUAGAAGAAAUGCAAGGUGUUUAUGUUGGCGCAUCUCGUAUCCGUGUAUCCGUUGCUAGGCCACGAGCAAAGUUUGAGAUGGGUACUGUGGUCAAUGGUCCUGAGGAAAUUACGACUGUAUUCGUAGGUGGAUUGAACAAUACGAUCACUGAAGAAGAACUGCGUGCUUACUUUGGUGCUUAUGGAAGUAUUAUAGCCGUAAAGAUUAUUCCAUUAAAGAAUAUCGCAUUCAUUCAAUACGAAAAACGUGUCUCAGCAGAACGAGCUAUCGCAGAAUUGAAUGGAUCACAUCUGGGAGGAGCUAAAUUAAGAUUAUCCUUUGGUAGAACACAGCUUAAUAUGGGUCCAGGCGUUCAUUAUCUCUCUAGCUAUCAGCCACAGACCCAAUCUGCCAUGUUACCUCCUACAUCUGUUAUGCCUCAGCCGCCUCCACCUCCUGUCAUACCUCAGCCCACAUUAGAUCUAGUUGAUCCCAUGAAACCAGUGUCAAUUGAGCAGGAGAAUAAAGUUUAUCUACUUAUGCAAGAGUCUAUGGAACAAGUCUGGACUGUUUAGGAUGUCAGGUCAUGUUUGCUUUUUUUUUCUGUCUUUUAAUAAAAAGGUUUGACUCCUUGAAACUUUAUCAAAAAAUCAGACCAUGGCUGCAGGAAGGAGAAGCAUGAGGCAUAAAGUUCAAAAGAGUGUCUAUAUAUGCACAUUUUUGCUCUCCCUGACUGUAGACAUAUGAGAGUAACUACAAUAUCAUUCCUUAAUGCAAAAAGUUUAGUGUAGGUUUAAAG